AUGGCAGCCGCUCAGCAAGGAAGUUAUCUUGCAAGCAUACGCAAACGGUAAGUUCCUGUCACUCAUGCAUGCUUCAUUUAUUCGGUGCGGUGGGAUUGUGAGUCGUGUUUCUUCCUCGUGCGAUUUGUGCCCAUAAUCCUAACACUGCCGCUUUAAAUUUAACACGGACAUGGCCACGAUCGUCAUCGCAACCGGCGGGUUUUGCGUCAGUCAUAUUAAAAGGACUGCGGUCGGGAAAUUUUAGCUGCUUGCAGAGGUGUCCCACGUAAAAACAAAUGCCGUCUUUGCAGUCCAGUCUUCGUUAUUUCUGCGGAUUCGAAAAUUCGUUCUCUAGGAACUCUCCUGCAGUAAAAUGGAGUAUCAACAAUAACCUAAAAGUUUGCUUGACUUCGACGCCGCGUCAAUGUAUAUAGGACGGGCCCAAAUGACGCUCAAGGGGAUGUUCACUUUGACUUCUGUAGGAUAACAAAUAAUAAAACCACAAAAUAAUAAUAUAUACGAGAAAAAUUUAGCCGUAGUUAGGGAUGUUGCGUUUAACCCACGAAUUGUGGCAAAAAAGAAUAAAAAACGGCAAAGAUGAAUUGUUGUGCAGACUCGCGAAAGGUAACGUCCUCUCCAGUGCAGAAUUGUUAUGGAGAGAGGAUCUCUAUGGGUAAUUUCCAUAAGCUCCAAACCGGUCCUUGAUGGCACAUUUUGUCGCCCGGGUGAAUGAAUGUCCGUUAAAGUGUGACUGCGUAGCAAUUCCUGGGUGUUUAUAGCGCCUGACUAAAAAGGGUUCGGACACACAACUCAAAACCGAUUGUUUUGUGCAUUUUAGCAUAUUCAAACAAGAGUACAAAAAAGUUUAGGGGCACAAGAAAAGGUGAAGAGAAAAAUCGAACAUGUACCUACGUUUCUCAAACCGUCUUGCAAAUUUGCGCAACGACUGCUAAUCGGAUACACUUUUUACUACUACUACUACUACUACUACUACUACUACUACUACUACUACUACUAACGCAAGUUUUAAUUCUGACAAAAACACCCACUUAAAGGCGAGGGUCUGUUAGGCAGAGCAUCACUGAUUUUUACCAGACAGUUGAUAGCGAUCACUUCUCGUUACAUUCCCUAAUGCAUGCUCAAAAAGACAGGGCUAUACAGUAUGCAGUCAAUCUGGAGGAAGGGGGAGUGAUCGCACCCGAAGAGCUACUUCACUUUCAAAAAUUUGUGCGCAGUCAAUUUUGAGGGGAUUGGAAUCGAAGCCUGACACCUGGGGUUAGAAGCGUAGCCCAUUCUGACAAUGUACAAAGCGUGCAUACAAAGGUGUGUAACUCACUUCCACAAAACAACGUGCUGACAGACACCACUUGGCCAGCGUGAUUGGACCCACAUAAAUUAAAGCGAAUUGGCGACAGGAAAAAAUGAGUCGUUUACUAGUAUCAGAUUGGCAAGAAAGCAUUUUGAUGUGCCAUUUUCAGGAACCUUGACUACAGUCGAACUGAGGGACCCUACCCUAGAAAAGGUACGCUUGGCCUUUUUGGUAACGUCAAGCUAACAUUUGAAUUCACGCUCCCUGACGUCUAUAGGUUUCUUCGGUCUUUUUGAAGGAAUGUCAAGGUUUACAAAACCUAACGCCUACAUAAAUGACCUGCGGGACGUUUACCAGCUUACCUAGGAUGCGUCACAAUGAAUCAUAGCUUGCCCGCAUUCAUUAGUGUUCGAACUAUACUAAUCCCUUUUUUGGGUCGGAUCGUAUUUAGUUGCCGUACCAGCAGUAGACAAGCCCCAGUCUAACUCCAAUCCCUAACCUUAACCCCAAACUGUUAGCUCUAACCCCAAACCGCUAGCCCUAACCCCUAACCCCUAACCCCUAGCCUCUAAUUCCUAACAAGUACGGCUACAAAAUAAGAUCUCGCCAGUUUUUGUUAAGUCCAAUAUCUUUCUUCUAAGAUAGAAUAAGUUCUCAUUUGUCAGCAAAAGGCUUUUCGAAGUUGUGGUUUAAAGGGAAUCACGGUUAUCCUGCACACGGAUACUAAAGGGCUUCCGUCAAAGUCUUACAAUGAGCGAUAGGAACCGUCCAGAUUGUACCCUAGUCCUCGCUUAAUUUUAGAACCCCGAAUGAAAUCACCGGAGGGUUCUGCAAUCUGGGUCCAGAGGCUCCGCCGCUGGAGGAGUUCGUCAAGGCAAAGGCUCUGUUGCAGUCCAUGCACUCUGGUGGCCGAGCUCACCAUGACAGUAUUGACACGGACGGCAAGCAAAGUAGCCUGUACGAGCAUCUGGUCAGUUUGGUGAAGUACAUUCUGGAAUACCAGCCCAGUCAUUCUCUGGACCACUUUGAGAGCCUGAGUCUGCUUGUGAAGCGGGAACGAGGUGCGGGCACUGGUGGCUCCGAAAUGGCUGCAGGCCUUAAAGAGGAGUCUAUGGAGGCCAAGGCACUGACAGUUCAACCUUGCACAGACGAGGUGACCAACGCUAUGGCCGAACGAACGCUUUUGAAGGUGAGAUAUGCCUUACAAUUGCAUUAUGUGUAAUGUGCAGUCUGAGUCUACCCACGCCGGCUAGUGGACGCCUGGGAAAGAAAAGAUGAUAAUUCCUCCUUCGCCGGGGCCACAUAUACCAUUUUCAAGACAUUCAAAUUCUUGCAAAACUUGCUGUCAAUAGCAGUAACAAAGAGAAGAGAGUGGUGCUUUCCCAAGGGAACCAUAAAUUAUCCAUGAAGACGCUGAUUUUCUUUGUUUUAAGAGUGCACUUAGAACUUUUCCCAUGCUAUCAAUUCAAGAGUUGAUUUAAUAUACUCACGUUAUGGGUACAAACUAAAUUCCUAGUAACGCGUUUCGAUGGGGACGGUGAGAUGCACGCUGAUGGGCCUAUCCUCCUGCACAAAGUGGAAAAACACGUGUCGAGAGAAUGACAAACCAAUCAAGACAUGUACUUCUAACUACCUGUAUACGGAAUGCUAAUAUCCCUCGGGUACUUCGCUGAAGCUUAUGUAUUCAACCUUAAUUUAUAUCAGGUAGUUGGCUCAAAGCCAACCGUAUUGCAGGCGAUCCCUAUUUUCAUGUUCUGCUAAAGAGGCCAUGUAAGUCAGACCCUAGACUCCGGAUGAAUGGCUUUAGUUUGGGCGUCAUCUUCAUACUUUGAGGAAUGACAAUCACCGAUCUCACAUGGAGCAUUGGUUUCACUUAACUCAGGGUCUAAGUAACAGCGAUGAAUGCGGUCACAUACCUACGAGCUCAGUGAAGACGGAAACGGCUCUACGAUAUUGUUCUAACUCCGCUGUGCUUGGGUUAUUGUUUGCCAUCGCUUUUCAAAUGCCUACCUGACCAUCAGAUCAAAACGAAACAAAGACGCUAUGCGUCGUUAAUCCGUGGUCCAGUAGAGAGCAAUAGACCUUCAGUUUUAACGUAUUUCUGUCCGCUGUCGUGAGUUUAUCUAAAACCUUUUCGCUUUUUUUGCCAAUUUGAUCCUUAUUAACACGUGUUUUUUUCUAAAGCACCCUGAGCACGUAUGGGAUCAGCCUCCAAUCGUCGGAGGACCACCGCUGCGUCCUUUUGAGGGCAACUUCGAGGAUGACGAGGAAGCAGCCGCGUUGCCAAACCUUUCCAACCAUGCCCUCCUUAUCGAACAAGCGGGAAUAGGUAGAGAAUUCAUUUCGUUAGAUUUUCUCAUCUGUGCUUGUCUCGAAGAGGUCACUUUAUUUAUGCAAUACUACUUAAAUCUUAUUAGUGGGCAUUAUUUUUAUCAUAACAGAUUGUCUGCCCAUCAGUUGUACUUUAUACAGCCACCAGCUAAGUGAUGCAGUAAAAAAGAAAUUUUAAAUAAGUAUAUUUUUUACAGGAGUCGGACGGGAGGAGCUGAUGCGCGUAUGGCUGGCACUUAGACUACUGCACAAAAAACUGCCCAGUGUAACCGCGCUCCGAUUUUGGGGAAAAAUCUUCGGCAUCAAAGCAAAUUACUACAUUGCGGAAGCGGAAUUUGAAGCCGAGUCUGAGCCAGAUGAAGAAGUGCCUGGACCCUGGGAUAAAUGGCGUCUCCCAAAGCCUCCUAAGAACAAGGGCGAUCAGGACCCAACAGAUUUUCAAGGUAGGAACAUAAAAAAGUAUCAUCAAACAACUUUCCCUUUCAAGCUCCUCAAUACGCAACUACAGUCGAAUUUUCCAUGAAUAUUUAAGAUAACUUCACUAUUCUACUUGUUGUACACAAACUUUGCCUCGGUUUCUUCCGGGAUUUGAUUUUAGAAGGUGGUGGGUAAUGAUGACAGACUUAGUAUCAUUUUUGUUUGCCGGGCACAUCUGGCGUUUUUUUUUCUACUAACCUGGAAAUCUAGCUAAUAAUAAUGUAAUGCGUGAAGCCGCAGGAGCUGCGUUUUAUUAAAGCCUCUGCGAGGAUCUUACAAUAGUCUAAAUAGUUCAUUUGUUCGUGUCUGUUGCUGCAACACUGUGUCCGUCUGACGCAUGCUCGCAGCGAACCAUUGGCGGUUGGCUCGUCUGAUAUUUUGAGGAUCUGUCUGGUGCUGCCAACUCGUUUGGCCAAUCACUGGCGUCGUGGGUCUCUGCAGGGAGUUCGACCAAUCACAGCCAUGCAAAUCAGCCAAUCAGCUCUAAGGCUGACGCGGAAAUGCUCCCAGCCACGGCAUUCGAUCGCGCGUCUCGUGUCAGCUUUUCGACCUGAGCAAAAACAGUCCUUUUUUACAGAACGAAAUGGUCUCGCGACUGUUGUCUAUUCUCGAUGAUAAACUAUUCUGACGUUUCUUAUAAGUGUUUUUUUAGAUUCACCGCCCCAGGACUCUACCUUUCGUGUUACUGUUGUUGGGGCAUACGGAAAAUAACUGCGCUUUUGCCACCAAGCAGAUAGUUUCACAGCAGCUCGGGUUGACUCUCGCUACUGUAGGUAGCACGGGCUCUCCGGAAAUGAGGUUUUUGGCAAAACUGUUUAAAAACGAAAGCAUUUUACCAGACUACCGUUCGGUCCCGCCGUCAGUUAUUGAAGCAGUCUAUUCCGUCACAUUCUUUUCGAAGUUUCUAUUUAACAUGUGAGCCAAGAAGACAUGAUGAAAAUUGAAAGGCGUCCAUGACCCUUAUAUUUCUUUCCCGAGCAUUUUCGGCAAAACCCUCAUCUUCGAAUUCACCUUGUUUCCACAGUGGAUCUUUUGGAUGACGAGGAGAUUGCCAAACUGCCGCUGGAGAAGCGCGUUCUGAUAAAAUUACCGAAGAACAAAUGGAAGCCUCCCAGUCCUUACCCGUGGGAACCGCGAGGACGUGGCAUGAAUCGUUGGGACUACUACAUCUGCACAGAACUCGGUGAUGGCAAGUGGAUGCGCCUUCCCAUUACAAAGCCAGUGCACAUUGAAAUGGCGCGUCAAAGCGUCUACAUCUUCACUGGCGAUCCAAACACGCCUAUCGGUCACCUACCAGGUGGGCUGGGUCUAUUCCCAGGCCUAGAAGCCCACUACUUGCGAGCACAGAUUGCGCGGAUCAGUUCGGCCUGUACUGUCUCGCCGGCCGGCGUCUACGAGGUGGACGAGGAGGACGAAGUGGAGGAGGGGGUAAGAUGUUCGUGGGGCAAAUGUUGUCAGUGUAGCCUUGAUCUGUUUCAUCUGUUCUCGGCAUGAACUGACUGGACUUUUUUCAACAGGAAAAACCGGAAUCCCUGCUCCUGGCAGAAGAAUAUGAGCCGCUGGAAUUCACCGAACUCCUCGACCUAGCGAACUGGGUUCACCACAGACCCUACCUCUACGGCAUUGGUCGGAUAAACUGGAUGAGCACGAAGAAGGCGGCGAAGGCCUACAAGGCCCUGAUGGCUGAAGAGGAGGGUGAGGAGGCCGAGCCGGAGGACGAAGAGGAGAUGGCGGAGGAGGGGGAGGAGGAGGAGGAAGAGGAGCCGGAGGAGGGUCCGGAUUUGCUCACGCCUGUCGAGGAGGAUCAACCAAUGCGCCCAAUCGGCAACAUUGGUCUCUCUAGGAUUGGCUCACCGGGGGAAUUCUUAGCCCCGGCCUGGCGCGUACGUCCAUCCACCGUCUUGCUGCCUGCAAACUGUGCUGUCGCGGUACUUAGCAACGUGCGCUGGCCGGGAGCGUACGCAAUGGCUCGUAAGGAGUAAGUGCGCUUUUGACAGUCAAGAUAACACACGCACGAAGUCAGUAUGUUGGAUCACAUCCGAUUCUUGCACCACCUUUAACGGUGGGCAAAUGGGUCUAAGGCCCUCUUCGUCAGGUAGGAGCCGAAGUGUUGGUGGCUCAAUUGGAUGCUGUUUGCUGAUAGUUUAGCCAUUACUACACUACGAGGACCUUUGCAGGAUCAAAACUGAAAUUCUUAGGCAAAAUGGAUAGCUCUUAUUUUGCUAGAAGGAAUACCUGGGAUACAGGGGCGCUCAUCAACUAACCGGCCACACCCGACCCCGAGUCUAGGUGACCUGGGAUUCGAGCACGGAAGACUGGGUCAUUGCUCCUUAGGUAGUUCAACAUUGUGGUGCCUGGUUUUGAUUGCGAAUAGCAGCUACUGUAGGAUAAACGUUCAUCGAUCCGGUUAAAGGACAUGGUUGACCCGUUACGACUUGGUGCUCAAGCUACAGCCCUCGCAGAGGAUGAUGUUGGAUCCGUUUCCGAUACCCGCUGCCAGAGGAUGGGACCACAGUAGAUGGCAUUCCUUACGAAAUAUUAAUUGAAAUUGUAAGCUAAGAUGUCAGUUAGGAGACAUUGCUUAAUUACAAUUGUAACAUUUAUCACCGAAAUAAUAAAGUAUUUUAGUCACACCUGGAUGCCGGCUUCUAAAUAUGUCUUUCCGAUCCCAGGAAAAAAAUCACAUUCGCUAAAGAAAUACUGCUUAAGCAGUGUGCGAUGUUCCCAUUGUUCUCAAUACCCUUGUCAGUCAGAAUAUAUCAUACAGAAAACAUGCACGAAAAUUUAGUUUAUUGCGCUUAGUUUGUAGUCCAUCAUGUCUUUAGAUUUUGUACUUGAAGAAAAGGUGGUCCUUGGUCUCAAAAAGCCAGGAAUUAUGAAGUUUUUUUUAGGAUAGCGGAAUGCUUGUUUAAACCGAGUCGUUGGUUUCAACCGCCGCCUCUGUUGAAAGGGUUCAAAUUAGACUGCUCAAUCGAAUAUGUCAAGCUUAUUGAAAAUAAAGAAAUCCUGUUAUGUGUUCGCAGACUUCUGGCAGUGAAAUUCAAAUACAUUUCGACAGGGUACCAAUAUUCUAAGUGAAACGAAUUAAUAUAUUCGAAUAUUGAAGGAAGGAUAAGCUAAAAAACCCUACAAUCUCCUUGCAAACUCGUAUUUUAUCUCAGGCUUAAUUGAAACUUGAGAAAACGAAUUGGUCAGAAAAACUGUGUAAAAUGAAUUAAGUGCGAGUCUCCGUGAUUUGCACUUUUGCAGGACGAUAAUCCGUCUAGGCGCACAAACAUGUCUCGUUGACCUGACUGAUGAGUAACGUAAAUUUCGACCAAUACCUGACUGUCUGCAAAGAGCAGGGUGCAUGUGUAAACCACUUUAUUGUAAUAAACCACUUCAACUGCAUAACAUGUUGCAUCAAAGUGCCUAAACUCAUAGUUUUGUGUUAGGCCUGUUUGUAGAGUCAAGACAUCAUCAAAUUUAUUUUUAACAAUUUAUUUUGCCCCUUUGGAGUUACAUAAGAUUAAAAAAAACAAAUAGCUUUAUUGAGCCGUGUGCUCCAAUGUCACAGACGCCCGAAUAUUCCGCCUAUUACCUGUACUGUUUGAUUUCUGCAAAAUACCAACCGUUCACUUUUUCUCUCCCAGAACUUUUGUGAACAUCUACAUCGGCUGGGGCACUAAGGUGCUCGGUGCCAGCUACAUGCCCAUCCGUUCAGCCAAUCCGGCUAAGGAGUUUGACGAGGAGGCCACGCCACUGCAGGAGGCGGUGGAUCCGACACCCCUGCAGGAGGAGGAACUGCGUCUGAUGAAAGAGGCCAAACGCCUGGCGGCAGAGGCUAAAGCCGAAGAAGGCGAGGAGGAGGAAGAGGGAGACGAAGACUGA